AUGCCACCGCCUAGAGGCACACCAGGAAACAUUCUGGAAGGUCCCGGUGACUACGAUGUGACCGGCACUGUUCAUUGCGACUCCUAUGAGAGCAUCAACCCUUCUAAUUUCGACUUUGCUGGCAAAGCCGUGUUUGUGUCUGGCGGAUCUCGUGGUUUGGGCAAAGCCAUAGUGUUGGGGUUCGCUGCGGCAGGCGCCUCGUUCAUCUUUGCUGCUGCCCGGGGGGACAUGACGGUGCUGGCUGAUGAAGUGCUGGCAACAGCCCUUGCCCACGGACGCCCGGCCCCCCAUUUCCAGGCACUUCAUCUGGAUGUCAGAGACGAGACCACUGUGGUGGCUGCAGCAGAAGUUAUUAGGAAGCAGGUUGGCCGCCUCGAUGUGGUCAUCAACAACGCGGGCGUGCUAGGCAACUUUGGUAAGAUUGCGGAUUCUAACCCACAGCAGUGGUGGAAUGUCUUGGAAGUUAAUCUGCGCGGUCCCUACCUUGUGGCACGAGCAAUGUUGCCACUGCUCCUCGAGGCAGAUCAUUCCUACAUGAUCAAUGUUGCCAGCGUUGGGGCUCAUUUGGUCAACCCUAUGCUCAGCGCAUAUCAGACAUCGAAGUUGGGAUUAGUCCGCCUAUCACAAUUGCUAAACAGAGAGUACUCAGAAAGUGGUGUGACGGUAUUUUCUAUACACCCCGGAAACGUUCCAACCGAGAUUAUGGGACCGGGAGAGCUAGACGACUUCCAUAAAUCCAUUUACACUGACAGCCCCAAUCUGAGCGCUCAUUCGCUUGUCUAUCUUACCGCGGAGCAUCGCCCUUGGCUCGGUGGACGCUACAUUAAUUGCACUUGGGAUUUGCCAGAGCUGAUGGCAAAGAAGGAUGACAUUGUGGAUGGGGAUAAACUAAAGAUCAAGUUCGAUUUUUAA